AUGUCAGCCGCUGCUCGUGCAUCAAAAAAAUGGAUUUGGGUAGGUAGUGGUUUAGCAGUUGCUGGUGCUAGUUAUUUGCUCUAUUUUGGACCUGGUCGAAAACUUGUGCUUGAAACUAAACAACCAGCUAGUGCAUCGAAAGCAAGUUCAGCACCCGAUGCACUUGAUCCAAAUGCAUUCCGUUCAAUAAAAUUAACAGAUAUUAAAAAAUAUAAUCAUAAUACUAAUGUAUUUACGUUUGCAUUCGAUGAUCCAAAAGCAAAAUUUAAUGGAAAAACAGCUUCAUGUGUUAUGCUUAGAACAGACGUUAAUGGAAAAGAUGUUGUUCGACCAUAUACACCUAUGUCACGUCCCAAUACAAUUGGUCAAUUAGAAUUUCUUAUUAAAGAGUAUCCACAAGGUGUUAUGAGUAAACAUGUUCAUGCAAUGAAAAAGGGUGAUAGAAUUGAAAUUAAAGGACCUAUGCAAAAAUAUCCAUAUGAAGCUAAUAAGUUUGAAAAACUUGGUUUAAUUGCUGGUGGUACUGGUAUUACACCAAUGAUUCAAAUGAUUGAAGAAGUCAUUUCCAAUCCAGAUGAUAAAACAAAAGUUACACUUUUAUUUGCCAAUACAACGAUAAGUGAUAUUUUAUUAAAAGAAGAUUUGGAUAAAUUAGCUGCUAAACAUCCAGAUCGUUUGAAAGUUUAUUAUACAGUUGAUAAAAUUGAGGAUAAAGAAACAAAAUCAUGGAAAGGCGAUUUUGGAUAUGUUACAUCUGAUAUGUUGAAAAAAGUAUUACCUAUGCCAUCUAAAAAGGAUGAUGAAAGUCUUUUGGUUAUGGUUUGUGGUCCACCUGGAUUUAUGAAAUUAAUUAGUGGAGACAAAACAAAAGACUAUAAACAGGGUGAUCUUAGUGGUCUUCUCAAAGGUCUUGGCUUUACAGAGAAGAAUGUCUUCAAAUUUUAA